CAGAGGAAACGGGGAGAACAUAUUAAAGGGAAGGGGGGCUCUUCAUUCGUAACCCAGGAAGAGAAGGGGGCAACAGACUCCCCUGUGGGAUUGGCCCUUCCAGAGAAGCCUCUUUGGGGCUGGGAGAUUUCUCUGCUCCUUUGUCCCCGCUGCCAAGCUCUGGGCAAGGCUGGGAGGGUGUGCUGCGAGCUUUCUACCGGCAGGUGGCGAUAGUGGGGCCUUUCCUUGGCCUCGAUUCCCCAUGAAGAUCCAGGAGGAGGAGGGGGCGGAGCCUGGAGCUGGCAGAGGACAGAGAGGCAGCGCAAUGGCCUCAGAGGCACCAUCUGGAUCGUCUCUUCCUUGGGGCAGAGUGAGAAGAGGUGCUGUACAUUCACCUCAGGUUCUCUUGACCUUUGAGGAGGUGGCUGUGUAUUUCACUGAGGAGGAGUGGGCUCUGCUGGAUCCUGACCAGAGAGCUCUGCAUAGGGAAGUCAUGGAGGACAAUUAUAGGAUGGUGGCCUCUCUAGAAUCAGACCUCAAUUCCUGUUGGAAAGGACAAGAUCUGGUGAUCCAGGUUCCCAAAGAAGAGGAGACAACAGCAGAAAUUUCAAAACCAGAUUUCACCUCUUGCCUGGAAGGACAAGAUCCAGUUGGAUGGGGCUCUGAUGAAGGGGAGGGACAAGCAGCAGAUUAUGAGCAGAAGAAUGAUUCUAUGGAAUCAAAGAUGAUGUCAUUGGUAAGAGGCAAUUGUGAAGCGCAAAAAGAGGUGUUUCGUACUGAUGAGGGGCCAAAAAUAUCUGAAACAAACCAAUCAAACAACGGGAAGAAGAAAUCCUCUUCUUCUCAGGUUUUGCAUCGAAGAACCCACACAGAGGAGAAACCAUUUAAUGGCAUGGAAUGUGGAAAGAGCUUUAGCCACCUUGCUAAACUUACUGUACAUCAAGGUACCCAUACAGAAGAGAAACCAUUUAAAUGCAUGGAAUGUGGAAAGCACUUCAGAGAUAGGGAAAAUCUUACUAAACAUGAACAAACACACACAGCAGAGAAACGAUUUAAAUGCCUAACAUGUGGAAAGAGGUUCAGGCACAGCAGUCCACUUAUUAUACAUCAGAGAACCCACACGGGGGAGAAACCAUUUAGAUGCAUAGCUUGUGGAAAGAGCUUCAGACAGAGCAUUUCACUUACUUCCCAUCAAAGAACCCACACAGGGGAGAAACCAUUUAAGUGCAUGGAAUGUGGAAAGAGCUUCAGUUGCAGCAGUAGCCUUAACUCACAUCAAAGAACCCACACAGGGGAGAAACCAUUUAAGUGCAUGGAAUGUGGAAAGGGCUUCAUCCAGAGAGGUAAACUUACUGUACAUCAAAGAACCCACACUGGGGAGAAACCAUAUAAAUGCAUGGAGUGUGGAAAGAGCUUCAGGGAGAGCAGUUCACUUACUUCACAUAAAAGAGCUCACACAGGAGAGAAACCAUUUAAAUGCAUGGAGUGUGGAAAGAGCUUCAGCUGGAGCAGUGCACUUAUUUCACAUCGAAGAACCCACGCCGUGGAGAAACCAUUUAAAUGUAUGGAGUGUGGAAAGAGCUUCAGUAUAAAGCAUUAUCUUACUUCACAUCAAAGAACCCACACAGGGGAGAAACCAUUUAAAUGCAUGGUGUGUGGAAAGAUCUUCAGCCACAGCAGUAGCCUGUCUUUACAUCAAAGAACACACACUGGGGAAAAACCAUUUCAGUGCAUGGAAUGUGGAAAGAGCUUCAGUGUCAGCAGUAGCCUUAACUCACAUCAAAGAACCCACACAGGGGAAAAACCAUUUAAGUGCAUGGAAUGUGGAAAGAGCUUCAUCCAGAGAGGUCAACUUACUGUACAUCAAAGAACCCACACAGGAGAGAAACCAUUUAAAUGCAUGGAGUGUGGAAAGAGUUUCAGGAAGAGCAGUUCACUUACUUCACAUCAAAGAACCCACACAGGGGAGAAACCAUUUAAAUGCACAGAGUAUGGAAAGAGCUUCAGGGAGAUUAGUUCACUUACUGUCCAUCAAACAAUCCACACAGGGAGAAACCAUUUAAAUGCAUGGAGUGUGGAAAGAGCUUCAGGGACAGCAGUUCACUUACUUCACAUCAAAGAACCCCCACAGGAGAGAAACCAUUCAAACAUAUGUAUGGAAAGAGCUUCAGCGGGAGAGGUCAACGUACUAUACAACGAACCCACACAGGAGAGAAACCAUUUAAAUGUAUGGAAUGUGGAAAGAGCUUCAGUGUAAGCUGUAGCCUUACUUCACAUCAUAGAACACACACAGGAGAGAAACCAUUUAAAUGCAUGGACUGUGGACCGAGAUUCAGUGUAAGCAGUAGCCUUACUAGAAAUCACAGAAUCCACACAGGGAAGAAGCCGUUCAAAUGCAUGGAAUGUGGAAAGAACUUCAGUGUUAGGCUCACCUUAAACCUUUAACCUACAAGACUGAAGGAAUUUAGAUGGGCCAGUGUAUGGAAACUGUCCGGACGGCCUCUUAUGAUUAUACAAUGUUGAGGAGUCUUACGUUCUGCCCUUUGCCUGUGGCCUAUUCAGAUUCCUUAUUGCCAGACUUUGUGCAAAACUGUGUCGGUAAGUUUAUUGACAGCAGUUGUCUGAAUAGGCAGGCCAAUGGUUAGAGAUCCCUCCCAUGGAGCUUUGGGACAUGGGACAGAUUUUAGAAAUUUAGAGAGAUUUGGGAGUCCCACAGCGGAUAGUCUUUUUACUAUUUAUUUCUUAAAAGAUUUUUAUAAUGAAUCCAUACUAUGUAAUGUGCAUCAGAAUCAUUCUGGGUACAUAGUACAUUGUAAUAAACAAAUAUAAUACAUGUGAAUCAGGAGUUGUACAACGUACACAAUAGGAACAUGGCAUGUGAGAAGUAUGAACCAGGGAAAGUUAGAAAUUGUCAAACAAGAGAUGGAACACAUCAACAUUACAAUACUUGGUGUGAGUGAAUUAAAAUGGACGGGAAUGGGACAUUUUCAAUCAAGCAUCUACAACAUUUUUUUUGCAGGAAAUGAGGAAGUAAGAAGAAAUGGGGUGCUUUAAUAGUGAGAAGUAAUGUAGCAAAACCAAUUAGGAGCUGUAUAGUGAGUGAUAUCAAUGAGAUUUAACAUAACCAUCAUCCAAGUGUAUGCUCCAAUGGCAAACGCAGAAGAAGAGGAAUUGGACAGAUUUUAUGCAGAGGUAUAGGAAGAAAUUGAUCACACGCCAAAACAAGAUGUUAUGAUAAUUAUGGAGGACUAGAAUGCAAAAGUAGGCAACAGAGAAGAACUAGAAAUUGUGGGGAAAUGGGGCUUAGGAGAUAGAAAUGAAGCAGGAGAAAGACUUACUGAAUUCUGUGAAGCCAAUAAUUUGUUUCUUGCGAACACGUUUCUUGAGCAACCAAAAAGUUGACUGUACACAUGAACAUCACCAAAUGGUCAAUAUAGGAAUCAAAUUGAUUAUAUAAUUGGUAGCAGAAGAUGGAGAAGAUCCAUACUUUCUGCGAAAACAAGCCCAGGAGCAGACUGCGGUACACAUCACGAACCGGUAAUAUCGAAAAUCAGAGUAAAGCUAAAGAAGAAGAACAAAGCAAUCAUAAUGACAAAAUUGAAUUUAAAUAAAAUUCCAGAAGAAUAUAAAGAUCAAAUUAGGAACAGAUUUGAGUUUCUGAACUUAGUUGAUAGAGAACCAGAAGAACUAUGGAUUGAAGUCAGACAUUAUCAGGGAAGAAUGCAAAAAGAUAAUACCACUAGUUAAAAAGGGAGAAAGUCCUCAAUGGAUGACUGACAAGAUUCUUAAAAUGAUUAAAGAGAGAAAGAACACAAAAGCAAAAGAGAGAGAAACAUGGUUAGAACCCGAAAUGCAACAAUACAGCGACUAAUACAUAGGGACAAAAAGAACUAUUACAAUAGUUACUGGAUAGAAAUAGCAGAGGACAACAAAAAAGGUAGAACAACAGGCCUCUUCCAAAAGAUUAGAGAAAUGAAAGGGAAAUUUAAACCAAGAGUAGGGAUGUUGAAUUAUCAACGGGAACACACUGACUGACCAAGAUAAAAUAAAAGGAAGAUGAAAUCAAUACACUGAAGAAUUCUAUAAAAGAGAUGCAAGGAUGACAGAUUCAUUCAUAGAGGAUCCGUAUGAUGAAGAACCAGAAAUUUUAGAAUGUGACAUGAAAGCUGCUCUUAAAAUACUUGGAGGAAACAUAUCACCAGGAACAGAUGACAAAAAUCUGUCAAGAAAUAUGGAAAACUAAACAAUGGCCCACAGACUGGAAGCGUUCAAUAUACAUCCCAAUUCCAAAGAAAGGGGAUCCCAGAGAAUGCAGUAAUUUUUGAACUAUUGCCUUAAUAGCCCAUGCAAGUAAAGAAAUGCUCAAGUUUCUACAACAAAGGCUCUUACCAUAUACAGAGGAAGAAGUGCCAGAUGUCCAAGCUGGAUUUAGAAAGGGAAGAGGCACCAGAGAUCAUAUCGCAAACUUACAUUGGAUAAUGGAACAGACCAAGGAAUUUCAGAAGAAAAUCAUCCUGUGUUUUAUACUUUACAGCAAAGCCUUUGACUGUGUAGAUCACGAAAAACUGGAAUGCUUCAAAAGGAAUGGGCGUGCCACAGCAUCUGAUUCCUUACGCACUACUCUGGACAAGAGGCUACUGUAAGGACGCAAUAUGGAGAAUCCGAUUGGUUCCCAAUCGGAAAGGGUGUGAGUUAGGGGUGUAUUUUAUCUCCCUAUGUGUUUACUCUAUGUGCAGAACAUAUCAUACGGAAAGUGGGAUUAGACCAAGAUGAAAGGUAUAAAAAUUGGAGGGAGGAAUACCAAUAAUAAUUUAAGAUAUGCCAAUGACACUGAUUUGAAAUGAAUGCUGAUGAAAGGAAAGCACAAAAGCAGGACUACAGCUGAACGUCAAGAAGACUAAAGUAAUGACAACGGAAGAUUUAUGUAACUUUACAGUUGACAAUGAGGACAUUGAACUUGUCAAGGAUUAUCAAUACCUCGGCACAGUCAUUAACCAAAAUGGAGACAAUAGUCAAGAAAUCAGAAGAAGGCUAGGAAUGGGGAGGGCAGCUGUGAGAGGACUAGAAAGAGCCACAAAUGCAAAGAUGUAUCACUGAACACUCUAAAGUCAGGAUCGUUCAGACCAUGGUAUUCCCGAUCUCUAUGUAUGGAUGUGAAAGUUGAACAGUGAAAAAAGUGGAUAAGAGAAAAAUCAACUCAUUUGAAAUGUGUUGGAGGAGAGCUUUGCAGAUACCAUGGACCAUGAAAAAGACAAAUAAUUGGGUGUUAGAACAAAUUAAACCAGAACUGUCACUAGAAGCUAAAAUGAUGAAACUGAGGUUAUCAUACUUUGGACACAUCAUGAGAAGACAUGAUUCACUAGAAAAGACAAUAAUGGUGGGAAAAACAGAAGGGAGAAGAAAAAGCCAAACAAGAGGUGGAUUGAUUCAAGAUCUGAACAGGGUGGUUUAUACCAGAUGCUAUUGGAGGUCACUGAUUCAUAGGGUCGCCCUAAUUGACUUGAAAGAUCAUGUUGUUAUGCGCCUUCUGUUUUUCCCAGCAUUAUUGUAUUUUCUAGUGAAUGCAGGCCGAAGAAUAGAGGGGGAGAAAUGCCCAAGUCUUUUAUUCUAAGCUUGUUUAACAUUAGACAGCAUUAUACAUGAUCCAUAAUAUGCAUUAAUUGUACAGAUGAGAGCCUGAAGGGUAAAUAUACAUAAGAAAUGGGGACAGUCCAUGAGAGUAGAAUUUAGUAAUGUUAGGUUUAUAGUUAAUUUCAAUCUUGCAGGCUACAAAGAUUAAAGCCUUAUGCAGGCACUGUCUGUUUUCUUUUGCGGGUCUAUUUAAGUCCUUCGGUUUUUAAGUGGAGAUCUGUAUUGCAGUCUGUAUCUGUAUUGGCUUUGAAAAUAUUUUUAAUAGUUUUGAGAUAUGAAAUGUUUUUUGUUUCCAUUGUUGGUGUUUUGACAGUCUUUAUGGGAAGUGCAAUAGGUGCAAAUAAAAAUAAAU